AUGGAUGGCAAAUUGAAAGCCCUGCAGGACACGAUCUACUCAAUCGUGGCCUCUCACCAGGAGCCCUCGACGGCUUUCAAGAUUUGCCGCGAGUAUGAGGAGGAAUACGGCUCCAUCAAUUUUGCGGAAUUCGGCUACUACAACGGCGUCGACAUGCUCAAGAAGCACCCCCGCAUCCAACUAGUUGAGGGCGAGGAAGGACGCGUGGUAUUUCGCGCCGCGAUCUCUACCACCGGCGCCGCGUACGACAUCCAGAAACUCAUCGCGCAUCAGCGCAAGAAGAAAAGCCGAAGCGGAGGAAGCGGUCGUGGGCGGCCGGUUUUCCACAAUAGAUACGCUACGCCAAAUCGGGUUAGCCCGCAAGCUUUCAAUCGGACAUCGACGCAGUUCGUCAUGCGACCUCGGCCGCCGAUGCCGGCCCUACAGCAACGUCCUGCCCCCUCCCCGCUCUUUUCGCCCGUGCGAGCGUCGUUGGCGGGCCGAAUUACGAUUGCAGCGCGUCCAUCGCCAUUGAAGGCCGCCGUGCCGGCUGCUCCUGUCGCUGCGAGGCCAGCAGCUGCACCAUCUCAGCGAAGAAACGUCUUCGCCCCGGUCCCCGUCAUGGCUGCCAAGCCAGUCACGUCGCAAGAUGGUAUCAAGCGCUUCGUCACUCUGAUCGACGACAUGGGCGGCUAUGCGACGCUGACGGACUUCCGGAGACGUUGGUACGAGCGCCACAGCGAACUCCUCACCGCAGAGGUCUUUGCUCGUUACUUCGGCGAGCCGAAGUUAAGCGCCGUGUGGCAGGCGUUGGAAGGAAAGGUCACAUUCGAAUUUAUCGAGACUGAAGGCGAAGAGGAUCUGGGGAUGUACACGGUGAAAUACGUUGACCGUGGGCGAACGUUGAAGCCAGCGCACCCCUCCCUCAGCGAGAUGCUCAACAACUUGAUCAACCAACUGACGCACGUAUACCCGGCCCCGCUUCCGUUUGACAAAGUCCCCAUCUACUACGCUCGUUUCUACAAGCAACAGCUGAGGCCCGAGGAGCUCUUCUCAAAGACAUGGCGCGAAGUGUUCUUCUCCGUCUUCAUGUCUGCCCUGCAAGUCGAUGAAGAAGAUAAAGUAAGAUUGCGCAAGAAGCCGGCUGCUGUGACGACGGCCACGCCAUCAGCCACAUCCAACAAGCCGCCGCAAAAGACAAUGGACGACAGCUGG